CUUUCCCUGCGAACGUCGGGCCCGUCCUGUCCUCGGAGCUUGGAAUCUCACAGCGCUCGGAGCCCGACCCCUCAGCCUUCCAGGCCCCCGACCCCCGGCGACGCUGAGCCAUGGCCUCCAUGGGGCUGCAGGUGAUGGGCGUCGCGCUGGCCGUGCUGGGCUGGCUGGGCGUCAUGCUGAGCUGCGCGCUGCCCAUGUGGCGCGUGACGGCCUUCAUUGGCAGCAACAUCGUCACGUCGCAGACCAUCUGGGAGGGCCUGUGGAUGAACUGCGUGGUGCAGAGCACCGGCCAGAUGCAGUGCAAGGUGUACGACUCGCUGCUGGCGCUGCCGCAGGACCUGCAGGCCGCCCGCGCGCUCAUGGUCAUUGGCAUCGUCGUGGCCGCGCUGGGCGUGCUGCUCUCCGUGGUAGGCGGCAAGUGCACCAACUGCGUGGAAGACGAGAGCGCCAAGGCCAAGACCAUGAUCACGGCGGGCGUGGUGUUCCUGCUGGCCGGCCUGCUGGUGAUGGUGCCGGUGUCCUGGACGGCCCACAAUGUUAUCCGCGACUUCUACAACCCACUGGUGGCCUCUGGGCAGAAGAGGGAGAUGGGAGCCUCACUCUACGUGGGCUGGGCCGCCUCAGGCCUGCUGCUGCUUGGGGGGGGCCUGCUCUGCUGCAACUGCCCGCCCCGCACUGACAAGCCCUACUCGGCCAAGUAUUCUGCCGCCCGCUCCGCCCCGGCCAGCAACUACGUGUAAGGUGCCGCCGCUCAGCUCAACUCUGUCCCUUCUGGCUUUGCUUCUCCCCGGACCGAGCUCAGUGCAGCCUGUGACCCCAGGAUGGCCCUGCCACG